GUUAAGCUUCUGCCUGGGGCCUGGAAGGGUGAUGUGGCUGUGGCAUCGCCGGCCUCGCCAUGUCUGCCAUUUUCAAUUUUCAGAGUCUAUUGACUGUAAUCUUGCUGCUUAUAUGUACCUGUGCUUAUAUUCGAUCCUUGGCACCCAGCCUCCUGGACAGAAAUAAAACUGGAUUGUUGGGUAUAUUUUGGAAGUGUGCCAGAAUUGGUGAACGGAAGAGUCCUUAUGUUGAAGUAUGCUGUAUAGUAAUGGCCUUCAGCAUCCUCUUCAUACAGUAGCUGGGGAAAAUGCCAGAAUUUAAUUGCCAUCAGAUUUCAUUGUGAACAAGGACUUACUGCAGAAAAUAAUGGAAAGGAUGUUUAACUCUUUUA